AUGCUAUACGAUUUGAAACCAUCUACUUCGAUUACCGGUGGUCCUUGGUAUACCGAUCAAGAAUUUGACGAAGUUUUUGUUAAUACGUUGAAUCAGCAGUGUUACCUAUACUUGGAACAAAAAAGAGAGAAAGCCAAGGCUCAGGAUUUAGGCCCACUAAUCGAGAAAAAUGCCUCGUUCGCUCCGUCCGCAGAUGUAUUGAAGUACAUUAUGGGAUUUACAACCCAAAAACUGGAAGUAACGGACGUGGAAAUGAUUUUAGACUCAUUAGUUCAUGACGGCAAAGUGGAAAGGGUCACGACUAGCGACGGAAACAACAUGUACAGAGCCAUUGCACGAUUGGUCGAAGGUACAGGACUUGUGAAGAGUCCCUGUGGAUUAUGUCCCGUGCGAAAAGAUUGCUCCGAUGUUGGAAAUAUUACGCCCAACACUUGUCAGUACCUCGGCGAAUGGUUGAGUUACUGA